GUCACAUGAUCUGGCAGGUCUGUAUUAGGUGAGCUUUGGGUUAGUUUGAAACUGUCUGCUGCCCGGACCCUCGAGAUAAGACCCCAUCUCUCGUUCUUCCUAGUGAGAUCUCAGAAAUCAACUAGUCAUGGCUGACACAGAAGACGUCAUGGAGGAAGUUCAUGAAGUGGAGGAAACCGAAGAGGAAGUGGAAGUGCCGCCUCCAUCAGAGGAAGAACCAGCCCCUGAGGAGGAAGAGCCUGUGGAGGUAGAAGAGGAGCCAGAACCUGAACCACAAGAAGCUCACGUGGAGGAGGAGGCCACAGAUGAGACAAAACCAAAGCCGAAAUUCAUGCAAAAUAUCAGUGCUCCAAAGAUUCCUGAAGGAGAUAAGGUGGACUUUGAUGACAUCCACAGAAAGCGUCAGGAGAAGGAUUUAUCUGAGCUUCAGUCUCUGAUCGAGGCUCAUUUCAUCCAGAGGAAGAAAGAUGAAGAGGAGCUGAUCGCUCUGGUCAACAGAAUCGAGAAGCGUCGCACUGAGAGGGCGGAGCAGCAGAGAAUCCGUGCAGAGAAGGAGAAGGAGAGACAAGCCCGUCUGGCUGAAGAAAAGGAGAGAAGAGAGCAAGAGGAGCAGAGAAAGAAACAAGAUGAAGAUGCUAAGAAGAAGAAAGCACUUACCAGCAUGACACACCAGUAUGGAGGAAUCCAGCAGAAGGGCGAGGGCCGCAAGGGGGCGAAGAAACAGACGGAGAGAGAGAAGAAGAGGAAGAUCCUGGCGGAGAGGAGGAAGCCACUCAACAUCGAUCACCUGUCUGAAGAUAAACUGAAAGAGAAGGCCAGUGAGCUCUGGCAGUGGAUGAUGCAGCUGGAGGCUGAGAAGUUCGACCUCAGCGAGAAACUGAAGAGACAGAAAUAUGACAUGAAUCUUCUCCAGGCCCGAAUCAUUGAACAACAAAAGUUUGCCAAAGGUCGUGGCAAGGGCAAGGUUGGCGGCAGGCUGAGGUAAACGUGCAGCGAAUCGAGGAGCUACAGAGAUUUAGAAGACUUUGUCUCCUUCUUCACAUAUGCAUUUGUAGUCGUUACAAAACCAUCUUUCUGUUUGAUUGCACAUGUAGAGACAGUAAAAUCUGUCAUGUUUUAUUCCUGCUUUUUUGACUUAGACACACAAUUAUUCUGCAGUCAUCACUAAACUAUUUCAUUCAUUUUAUCCCUGCAACAUUAAAAGAGCCAAACUGCCUACAAAGUGUCCUGGUGACUGCUUCUCACAUACUUAUUUUACAUUAUUUUCCAAAACCUCCAUUUUUUUGACCACUACACCCACACAUGAAAAUGUAAAUCAUCAGCAGUGCAAAGAAAAAAGGGUGCAGAGCCAAUAUGAUCUUAAUAAUAAACUCAUUUCAACAUACUAUGAAACCAAUGCAAGUCAUAAUAGAAAGAGGACCUGGAUAAAUAAACAAAAAGCAUUGA